AGGCUGCCCCCACGCAGUAUGAUCCUCACGCAGUGCGCCGUCUGCGCCACCGAGCUUGGCUUAACCUUGGGCAAGAAAUGCGGCCGCUGCAGCACGCGCUACUGCGGGGCAGCCUGCCAGGUGCAGCACUGGAAAGAGGGCGGCCACGACAAGCUCUGCAAACCGAUAAAAAAAGCGGGCGGCGCCGAGCAAUACAAUGCAAAUAAGAAGUACACGGAGGCCGUCGCGGUCGCGGCGGAGGCGUGCGCCGAGGACACAAAGGGCCAGACGUGCUACAUCUGCACGCAAGCUCUCCACUGGAAAACAAAAGAGGGCCUCGUGCGCGGGUGCGCGUGCCGCGGGACGGCGGGUCUUGCCCACGUGUCGUGUCUGGCGGAACAGGCGAAGAUUUUGAUUGCGGAGGCGGAGGAGAACAAUUUGGGGGCCAAGGCGAUUCAUUCGAGGUUCCAGCGGUGGGACAAGUGCAGCCUGUGCGAGCAGGACUACCACGGUGUCGUGUCCUGUGCGCUUGGGUGGGCGUGCUGGAAGACGUAUGUGGGGCAGCCGGAGGGGGGCUGGCUUCGGAGGUUGGCGAUGAGCGUGCUUGGAAACGGUUUAUUCGAAGCAGGGCACUUCGAGGACGCUUUGGCCGUGCAAGAGGCCGACUUAGCUAUGAUGCGGCGCCUUGAUGUACCAGAAAAAACCAUGCUCGUCACUCAGGGCAAUCUUGCGAGGACGUAUGUUAUGCUUGGACAGGUUGAACAUGCUGUACGGAUCGAACGAGACAUAUACUCUGCAGAGUUGAAACUAUAUGGAGCGGAAAAUAGACAGACCCUUGUAUCAGCCAACAACUACGCUUCUUCCCUUUUUAAAUUAGAGCGCUUUGACGAAGCCAAGUCGCUGCUGCGCAGAACGGUGCCCUUGCUGCGACCCUUCUUUGGAGAGAGUCAUGAGUUCACGCUCAGGAUGAGGUCGCUUUACGCGAAAGCGCUCUACUAUGACGAAGGCGCCACGCUCGACGAUAUCCGCGAGGCCGUGACCACGCUCGAGGAUGUGGCGCCGAGUGCGCGACGGGUGCUCGGUGGCGCGCACCCUCUAGUUUCGCUCGUGCAGCGUGACCUCAAAUGCGCGCGCGCCGUGCUCGCCGCCCGCGAAGCCGAGGGCUAG